AUGGCUCCAGCCAUCAGCUGUGUCUUUUUAGUGGCACUUUUUUCAACCAGCUGUGAAGCCAUCGCCUCCUCAGAUCAGAUGUGCAUUGAGAAAGAAACCAACAAAACAUACAACUGUGAAAAUUUGGGUCUCGGUGAAAUUCCUGGCACUCUACCAAACUCAACAGAAUGUUUGGAAUUCAGCUUUAAUUUCUUGCCUACAAUUCAAAAUACCACCUUCAGCAGACUUGUAAAUCUCACCUUUCUGGAUUUAACCAGGUGCCAGAUUUACUGGAUACAUGAAGAUACUUUCCAAAGCCAACAUCAGUUAGACACACUUGUGCUAACUGCAAAUCCCCUGAUAUUUAUGGCAGAAACAUCACUUAAUGGACCCAAGUCACUGAAACACCUGUUCUUCAUCCAAACAGGAAUGUCCAGUCUUGACUUUAUCCCCAUGCACAAUCUGAAAAACUUGGAAAGUCUCCAUCUUGGAAGCAACCAUAUCUCUUCCAUUAAGCUCCCCAAAGACUUCCCAACAGAGAAGCUGAAAGUUCUGGAUUUUCAAAACAAUGCUAUCCAUUACCUGUCUAAAGAAGAUGUGGGAUCUCUACAGCAGGCCACUAAUCUGAGCCUUAACUUAAAGGGAAAUGACAUCACACGGAUAGAGCUUGGGGCUUUCAAGUCAACUAUCUUCCAAAGUUUGGACUUUGGAGGGACUCUUGAUUUGCUGGUUAUAUUCAAGGGUUUGCAGAACUCCACUGUCCAGUCUCUCUGGCUGGGGACCUUUGAGGACAUUAAUGAUGAAGACAUUAAUUUCUCUGUGUUUGAUGGUCUCUGUGAAAUGUCUGUUGAGAGCAUGUACCUGCAGAAGCAUCACUUCUUCAACAUCUCAUCCAAUACAUUCCACUGCUUCACCAGCCUCCAGGAACUGGACCUUACAGCCACUCACCUGAAAGAAUUACCCUCUGGAAUUGUGGGACUAAAAAGCCUCAAGAAAUUAGUUCUCAGUGCAAAUAAGUUUUCUAACUUGUGUCAAAUCAAUGCUGCCAAUUUCCCCUCCCUUACACACCUUUACAUCAAAGGCAACACGAAGAGACUUGAUCUUGGUACUGGCUGUUUAGAAAACCUAGAAAAUCUUCAUCUGCUGGAUCUAAGUCAUGAUGACAUUGAAACUUCUGAUUGCUGCAACCUGCAACUCAAAAACCUGUCUCACUUACAAAGCCUAAACUUGAGCUAUAAUGAACCCCUGGGCCUAAAGACAGAGGCAUUCCAAGAAUGUCCUCAGCUAGAACUCCUGGAUUUGGCAUUUACCCGGUUAAGGGUUAAUACUGCACAAAGUCCCUUCCAGAACCUUCAUCUUCUGAAGGUUCUAAAUCUCUCCCACUGCCUCCUUGACACCAGUAAUCAGCAUAUCCUUGAUGGCCUGCCAGUGCUCCAGCAUCUGAACUUACAGGGAAACAACUUUCCAAAUGGGAAUAUCCAAAAGACCAACCCACUUCAGACACUGGAAAGCCUAGAAAUCCUAAUUUUAUCAUUCUGUGAUCUGUCCUCCAUAGACCAGCAAGCCUUCAUUAGUCUUAAGAUAAUGAAUCAUGUAGACCUAAGUCACAACAGGCUGACAUCCAGUAGCAUCGAGGCUCUUAGUCAUCUUAAAGGGAUCUACCUCAAUCUAGCUGCCAAUCACAUUGGCAUCAUCCCAUCUGGUCUCCUCCCCAUCUUGUCCCAGCAAAGAACUAUUAAUUUAAGAGGAAAUCCCCUGGACUGCACUUGCUCAAAUAUUUACUUUUUAGAAUGGUACAAAGAAAACAUGCAAAAACUUGAGGACACAGAGAACACUUUUUGUGCAAAUCCUCCAUUGCUGAGGGGAGUCAAGCUAUCUGAUGUCACACUGUCAUGCAGUAUCACAGCUGUGGGCAUUUUCUUUCUCAUUGUAUUCUUGCUUUUGUUCACUGUUGUGUUGAUUUUUGCAGUGAAAUAUUUUCUCAGGUGGAAAUACCAACAUAUUUAG